AUGGUUGGCGUUGGAGGGCGCAGCAAGGCCUGUGGUACUUGCAAGUCUCGCCAUGUCCGCUGCGAUGAGCGUCGUCCAUCCUGCAGUCGCUGUGAGAGAGCCGGCUUUACGUGCCAAGGCUAUGAGCGUCCCGUUAUUUUCAUCAACGCAACGCCAAGCGUGGCACACCGAAGGCUUGUCAUGUCCUCGAGUUCCCUGAGCAAUGACCCACUCAGACCUUUAAGCCAUUCGUCGUCGUUGGAAUCAACGAGUGCAUUUCCUGCCAACCCUUCAGAGCAGCCUGCUUCCCGCAGCCUCUCUUCUUCAUCGCCUAGCAUCAAUGGCCUUGCUGCCGGCACCAGCCAGACGCUCAUCUCUGAGCAAGCUCGCCGCUUCAUCCAUCAGCUUCUAACAGCGCAGGGCUUGGGGCAACGUCUCAGCCAAAUUAGCCACUACAACUCUGACAAGUGUCCUCCAUAUCUGGAGAUUUCCAUCGAAGCUGCGGCGCUGAUCCUGCAUGGACGCCUUACCCAGAAUGCUCUGAGCGUAUACCAGGCGACAAAGCUGUUUGGCAUGGCGCUACAGCAGCUUCGAACUCAGCUAGCUCAUGGAUACGGUAUAGUGGAGUCGGCAGUGGCUGCUGAUGCAUCGCUGCUCGUGGCAAUCAUGAACAUGACUCUGUUCGAGGUUCGUUGUGUGCCACCAGUGCGAUGUUUCAUUCCGCUCAAAGAGAUCAAUGUCUGUUUGCUAAUUGCGCGUGUUAACAAAACGAGGCAGUGGGUUGCAGGCUCAACUAGGGAUGCAUGGAAGCAGCACGUUCGCGGAUUGGCCGCCCUGAUCGAAUUAUGCGGCCCAGGAGCAUUUCGUCAUGCAGCCAUGAGACAAGCUUUUGAGCAGGCGAGGGCACACAUCAUGGUCCUACAUAUGGAUGAGUCGCAAAGGACGUUUUUGGAAGAGCCAUGCUGGCAACAAGUGCCCUGGAGCUACGACCCCGGCCGCAAAUCUUUCCGUGGUCACUUUAUAGACAUCAUCUGUUGCAUCCCCGGCCUUCUAGAUGAUGACAAAAGGCUUCGAGAGUUGGAGCGAGUCUCCACAAACACCACGGCUACUGACGCGUACUCCCAGAAUAGACAGCAAGAUGCAAAGAAAGCAGAACUAGAGUUACAUGAUUCCAUGCGGGAACGAGUCAUACAUCUCUAUACUAAACUGCUCGAUGUGCGUUGGCGAUGGGAAUUGGAGCAGCCCAACUGUUGCUCCGAGAUACCUGUUCUUCCCCGGACACGUUCGCCACACAAGCAGCAAAGCGGCCCCAUUUUAUCUGUGGAUGAGACGACAGGAAGGCCGAUAUUCAACACCGUGCUGUAUUUUAAAAGCCUAAUGCAGGCUAUUGAGAUGAACUUUUAUCACAGCUGCCUGUUACUUCUGCACAGCUUCGCAAGGGAUCUUGGUAUCAUGGACGAACUGAUACUACUCCACGCUCCUAGACACGCCAAAUUCGCGCACAACGACGUGAAUGGUGGUGAUGAUAGCAAUCAUGGCUCUUCAUCUAUUUUGCCUCCACCAUUUUCUUUCAAAACCAACAAUGCACUCGUCUUUCCGUAUGAAGCUCACUCGGACCAUUAUGCUACGCGGGAUAUACUUCGCACCGCCGACUUCCUACUGCAGCCGAAACAUGGGCCAGCCGGGGCUUACUUCUUCAUCUUUCCACUUCGCAUCGCGCAGGUUUACCACGAACUUCUCCGCUCGCUACCGGAUGAUGAUCCUCGUCUCAACAGUGCUCUUCCAUUCUUCUUGAACGUCGAACCGGAUGGCACGUCCCAGGAGCCGCGUGGGAGUCAUAUUACAGGCGCCACUCUCGAUAUCUGGUCGGACACCAGUGCUAGUGAUGGCAAUUUGAAUAGCCAUAUAGGCCAUAUCAAUACUCAGGUGGCUACGCAGUCGCGGCGACCACAAGCCGUACAAGCCAAAUCAGAGACGGAGAAAGGGAGCUUGAGGGAGUCCAAACACAAUGACCUGGUGUCAGCUUGGAUCCAGAGAAUAAUGCGGUAUAUGGGUGACGUGCAGGGCUUUAACAUAACAAAUAACUACAAAUAA